UAAUCAUACCGUCCUCGGGGAUAGGUAAAAGAUGCGGCGCGCCAUAAUCCAUAAACGCUAAAUGUCUAAAAUGAACUGAUGUAUAUAUAUGUUUAUGUAUAUACAGUAGAAGUAGACAUUAAUAAAUAUAUAAUAAUAUAUUGUAGCAUAGCGUAACCCGCUACAGCCGCUAGCGGCGCUAGGUGUCAGUAGACUCUCGAUUCUCGAAUCUCGAUCAUACCGAAUUAUGCUAUAACAUACUUAUAUAGUCGUUCUUGUUCGAGAUUAUCAGUUCUCCUCGCGGCCGUAUAUUAGUAGAGUGUCGUUCUAGUCGUGCUAAAAACGUGUGCCACCAACCACACAUCGUACGGCGAGACCGAGAAAGAGCGAAUUUUCAAAAUGGCGACUACCGAGCAAGUGCCGGCCGCAAGCAACGAGGUCCCCAGCCUAAACUCGGACAACGCGACAUCAAAAAUGGAAAGCAUGGACGUCGUUGAACCUGCAAACUCGGUGGCCGCCAACAAGGAUGUACCGGCGACGAACUGCAAAGAUCCGGUGGCAGUCGACGACAUGACUUCAAGAGAUUACUAUUUUGACUCCUACGCUCAUUAUGGCAUCCAUGAAGAAAUGCUCAAGGAUGAAGUGCGAACAGUGACGUAUCGUAACUCUAUGUAUCACAACAAGCACCUCUUCAAGGGCAAGAUUGUAUUGGAUAUUGGUUGUGGUACUGGAAUCCUUUCAAUGUUUGCUGCCAAGGCUGGAGCUGCAAAAGUCAUUGGUAUCGAGUGCUCCAAUAUUGUAGAGUAUGCCAAAAAAAUAGUCGAGGCUAAUCAUCUGUCAGAUGUUAUCACGAUAUUGAAAGGAAAGGUGGAAGAGGUUACCCUGCCUGAUGGAAUUGAGCAAGUUGACAUAAUCAUUUCCGAGUGGAUGGGUUACUGCUUAUUUUACGAAUCCAUGUUGGACACUGUACUCUUUGCCAGAGAUAAAUGGCUCCGUUCGGAUGGCAUGCUCUUCCCUGACAAAGCAACGCUCUAUAUUUGUGGAAUUGAGGACAGGCAGUACAAGGAUGAGAAGAUCAACUGGUGGGACGAUGUCUAUGGUUUUGAUAUGAGCAGCAUACGAAAAGUUGCCAUCAGUGAACCUCUAGUCGACGUUGUUGAUCCAAAACAGGUCGUGACCAAUUCAUGCUUGAUUAAAGAAGUGGAUCUUUAUACUGUGACCAAGGCAGAUUUGACCUUUUCGUCGCCGUUUGCCCUGCAGGUGCGCAGGAACGACUACGUCCAAGCCCUUGUCACCUUCUUCAACAUCGAAUUUACCAAGUGCCACAAGCGCAUGGGUUUCAGCACCGCCCCCGAGUCCCAAUACACGCACUGGAAGCAGACCGUCUUCUAUUUUGACGAGUACAUGACGGUGAAGAAGGGUGAGGAGAUCUUCGGCGUAUUCUCGAUGGAGCCAAAUGCGCGAAACUACCGAGAUCUCGACUUUACCAUCGAGAUUGACUUCAAGGGCGAGCUGGGACAGAUACGUGAAAGCAACCACUACCGUAUGCGCUGAUUACACCGAUUGGCUAACGCGAUAUCGACGCCGUGUAGUCAUUUUUCCAAGAGAAAGACAAAAUGAAAGAAAAACUGACCGCGAGUUGUUCUAAACUGGACGCAAUUGCCGAUGGAUGCCAAAAGAAGAAAAGAAAAGGGAAAACCCGAGGGCUAAAUGACUUGAUUCACCUGUUUGCGUCUGUCAGCAAUUGCUUCUGGUCGCCGUUGCCAUUGCUGCAAUUAUAUAUACAAUUUUUUUUACGUUGAUGGAGAGAUUUUAACGCUCUUCUUGGGAGUGCCCAGUCUCGAAAUACUUGCAAUGGUAUCACAAUAGGUAUACGUCGAUGAUUACCCGAGUACUCUUUUGUGAGCACGAUUAAAUGCCUGUCCUUUUUUUAAGCCUAUUGAGUAUUCUCUCAAUAGUAUAUAUGUUUUUCAAACUAGCGUUUCCGAAAAAUUUUACCUUGCCCAGGAUUAUUAUGUCAAGCGAUUAUUCCUUGAAUCCAAAUCUUGGCAAUAUAUUAUAUAUAAUUCAACACUGAUGACACUUGAGACGAUGAAUUUUUGUUAUAAUUUUAUCCAUUCAAAUACAUCGAUUAUAAAAACACGAA